AUGGCGCAGCCGUCCUGGAUCAUCCUCCCCCGCGUCCUGCGCGUCAACCGCCUCCCGGACGGCGCCGACCUCCGCCUCACGCUCGCCCCGCCGCCGAGCCUCGCCCGCCUUACCGUCUCCACGCGCGUCUCCCCCGCCAACCCCAACCCGCACCGCGUCCUCGCCGCCGACCUCUCCGCCGGGCUCCUCCUCACCGUCGCGGCGCCGACACCGACGCCGCCGCACCUCCCUCCCGCCAACCCGGAGUACUUCGUCCUCGACGUCAUCUCCGGCACCGCCCACCGCCUCCCCGGCACCGGCGUCCUCAGCUCCGCCAGCCCCGGCGUCAUCUCCGCGCCCAACGGCGGCUUCAUGGUCGUCGGCUUCCAGUACCUCGUCGACAGCCCCGCCGCUCGGCUGCACUGCUUCUCGUCCCAGACCGGCAACUGGGUCACCAGGGACGUCAACAACCCACUGCCCAGCCGCACCUGGGCCUUUGACGACGUCAUCCCCCACGACGGCAAGCUCUGGUGGGUCGACACCGCCGCCACCGCGGGGCUCCUCUCCUGCGAUCCCUUCGCCGACAACCCCAACAUGGCCUUCGUCCGCCUCCCGGAUCACGUCGACGACGAAGCUGCCGACGCCUACGGCUUCGACUCCGAUGACUCCGACCAGUCCGAUCGUCGCCACGGUUUCUGCAGCUACUGCUCCGCCGAGAUUCCGCUCGCCUUCCGCCGCCGCGUGCAGCUCGUCGACGGAACCUUCCGCUGGGUCCAGAUGGCCUGCGGACACAUGGACGAGGCUCGGGAGGGCGCGCCCACCCUCACCGUGCUCACGCUCCUUGAUCCGGAGGCGGACUUUGGGUGGAGCCUCGAGCCCGAUCUCUCCUUCGCCGACAUCUGGUCUUCCGACACCUACAAGGCCGCCGGGCUGCCGGAGUACGAGGAACCCGUCGUCGCGCUCAUCCACCCCAACAACCCCAACGUCCUCUACUUCUUCCUCGACGGCUACCUCUUCGGCGUCGACAGGCUUGCUAAGGAGGUGCUGGGGCGCGCGCCGCACGGGAUGGCGUCCAUCUCUUCGCCCUCCCUUCUCGCUUGGGAGCUGCCGCCCGCGCUCAUCGCAGCAGCUGCAGCCGCAGGUGGGGAGGUGUAA